UGCAUUGGUUUAUAAAUAAAGAAAAUUAAUGAAAUAUAACUCAUGAAGGGUGUGAAUGCAUCAAAAAUAGUAAGUCUUGAAAAGUUGAAACACUUUUACAGGCAUGGUGUGAGGGAACCAAGAGACCCUUGGUCAGAUGGACCUGAGAACAUAACACAAUGCCCAAUUCCACCUGGAACAAGUUUCACCCAGAAGGUGGCCUUUACAUUGGAAGAAGGAACUCUUUGGUGGCAUGCACACAGCAGUUGGACUCGUGCCACUGUCCAUGGUGCCAUUCUCAUUUUACCUGCCAAUGGAACUUCAUAUCCUUUCCCUGAACCUUAUGGACAAGAAAUUCUUAUCAUUGGAGAGUGGUAUAAGGGAGAUGUGAUGCAGAUCAUCAAUUCAGCCCUGGCAAAUGGUGGCGAGCCCAAUGCAUCAGAUGCUUACACCAUCAAUGGCCAACCUGGUGACUUGUAUAAUUGCUCAAGAGGUACAUUAAUGGUUAAUGUCUUGAACAUGGUUUUAAAUUGCGGUUGCGGUCGCGGUUGCAGUUACUGUGGUUGCGGGUAUUGCGGGUAUUGCGAUGCGGAUUGCGUCUGUUGUGGUGUGAGAUUAUUAAUUAUUUUCACUAAAUAUAAAAAAUUUAUAAUUAUCAAUAUAUAUUUUAUUUUUAAGGAUUUAUACAUUUUAAUUCCUUUUUUUUUAAAAUAUUCUAUUAUUUUAAUGAAUAAUUUAAUUUAUUUUAAAAUUAUAGUAUCAAUUUAUCGUAUUGCGGAUGUAUUGCGGUACAUUGCAGAUGUGUUGCGGAUGCAACACCGUUACGUUGCGGAAAAAUGUGUGAUUUCCAGUAUCAUCGCAAUUGCGGUCCGAUGCCGUUGCGGACAAGGCCGCAACAGCAAUAUUGCGGCCGCAACACGUGUUGCGGUCCGCAAUUUAAAACCAUGCUCUCAUUUUUAA